UUGGGUAAAUUGUGUGUAUAUGAGUGACACUAAAUUCACCUAAAAUAAUAGUAAAAAAAAACAGCAAAGUGUAUAACAACUAAUGUUAGGAUAAGCUUAUAUUUAAGAAUUACCACUGUACGAACCUGACACCACUUCACUUGGGAAAUCCAAAAAUGAAGACAAUUUUGGUUACUAUACAUUGUAUACUGAUUUUAAAUAUUAUAAAGCUCGGUGAAGCGCAUGGAAAACAUAACUCCAACGCAAACGAUGUGUCUUCCGAAGAAAAAUCACAACAUUGUGAAGAAACCAACCCCAAAUCUGGUAACCUGUUUCGAGUUUACGCAAAACACGGAUAUUACUUCCCUUACAACCCCCAACAACAAAAAGUAGGCCUUUUGGACUACCACAACAACAUUAGCAUCCUCUACGACGGUCUAACCGGCGACGCUUUCGGUUUUUCCUACGAAGAUGGACGAGGAGUUUACAUUCCUGCUGGAACUUCCGACAAGACUUGGAUUGUUAAGAAACAAAGCUACGACGAAUACUUCAAAAAUCCGGUUCCACCAAAAGAGAUUUUUUCAAUUGGUGAGAAACACGGCUACCAUUUUGAUCCGGAAUCGAUACCGGAAGAUAUGUCUGAAAAGAUGUCAAAAAUUUUGGCUCCGCUGAGUGUGGAUUAUUCUUCUCAGUGUGAAGCUUUGGCCACGCUGGGUCACAUCUCGAAAAUAAGCGCUGAUAAGCUGAAGACUUCUUUAUCUGGGUUUGAAACGGUGGUGGGUGAUGUUCUGUCCCAGAAUCGCGGUGAUUUUAAAUGGGCCGUCGGGUUGUUCCAAGGAAUGGGGGAUUUUUUUGCUCCGUUUGGUAACAUGGAGGUUUUAAUUAAAAAGAAUAUUAAGUUAAAUUUGACUAGAAUUUUUACCGAAGAGACGGGGAUUCAUGUAAUGUGCUACUUUUUGGAAGAGUUGGCAGACCACCUUGACUUGGGAAAAAUACUGAGCGAGACUUUAAACAAUCCAGUGGAAUUUUUUACAGUAACUAACAAAUUGGGGGGAGACAUAAACUACGGGUUUGAUGGUUUAAUUAAUAUUAUCAAAGAAAUGAUAAUGGCCAAAGAGGGAAACAAUUCAAAGGAGAACUUGAUUGUUGUUUUAAAAUUGUAUUUCACGAAUUCACGCGUAAAGGGUGAUAAUUUAGGGCAGAAAUGGCGCACUAGCAUUCAAGAUCUUGACGAGACGAUUAAGAAACUGAAAUUAGAAAAAGCUUUCCAUGGCUUGACGAAGCUCUUACGAGAUAUAGGGGACCAGAAAUGGUGUUUGGGGAACGUGAAUAUGUCUGAAAUUGUUGAGUAUAUUGUAGGUGUGGAACUUCCUGCUGACCCAAAUGUGGUUUACAAAGUCAUAGAAAAGCUAGAACUAUGAAAUUUUACACUAUUGUUUUAUAUAAUAUUGUUACAUUGAACGGGUAUUAAAAUCGG